AUGAAAUCAAAAAAGAGAGAACCCAUUGUUGCUUUUGUUGCCUGUCAAGUGAAAAUGUCACGAAAACCAAUAAUCGUGGUAGAGGAAGAAACUGAGGAUAUCAUUCCAGGCCCCUCCCGGGGCACUCGCACUAGAAGUCAGCUGGAUAUGUCUUCGACGUUGCGAAGUCUGAACGAUUCGGAAAGGUGGGGUGAUCUCAACAUGCCUGCUGAGGUUUUCGCUCAAGGGUGUAAUCUUCUGCGACAGGCCGCUCUAGGAAAUCAAGACGGUAUGGAACAAAUACUGAAUAGAAAUCCGAAGCUUCUGGGCUUCAAAGAUUAUGAUAGAAGGCAGCUUUCAAUUCGACUUGACAACAUAGGACUGCAAUGCACAUUGCAGCAUCUGAAGGCAAACUCGACAUUUGCAAAUAUCUCGUUGGAAAAGGCGCGAACAUCAAUAGAAGCGAUCGAUGGGGUGGUUCCCCUCUCGACGAUGCUCAUCGGCAUCGUCAUGCCACGGUGA